AUGUCUUCCGACUCCUCUUCCAAUUCCGAGGCCGCGAUACUUCCCGAACACCGCAGGGAGGAAACUUCUACCGAGAUCUCGAGCUCGGGAUCUACGGAGCAUUCCUCGAAUGCUUCUCUGGUUCGGAAGAACUCCCGGGUCGUCGAGGUCGGCUCUGGUAGCCGAGUUCCCAUUCGGGCUCCGGAACGGAUGGACCAAAAUCUCCGCGAGCCCGAGGGCCAAGUUCCUGGUGAUUUGGUCCUGGGACGGGAGCCUGACGUGAAGACAGAUGAAGACGCUCCACUGCGCGAGGUCGGGGAUGGAGGAGCGCAGGAUCCCAACGAUGAUGACAUGAUGUCGAUCGUGGAUCGGCUGUGUGUCUGUGCUCCGGUGAAGUCUACCCUAUCAAACCCCGAAACAGUCCGGGCUGCUAUGCUGGUUGGUGGAGCCCCUCCUGGAAUCAUAAUCCAAGUCGCCGAACCGGAAGAGCGUCCCUGGGACGCUCCUGAAGAUUUUAUUUGCGUCUACGAGGCUUAUUUCUGUGAGGCCGGGUUAACUUUCCCCUUGCCUCGCCUUCUGUUUGCGUACUGCAACCGGCGUGGCUGCGCGAUAGCCCAACUUCAGCCGGCGUCGAUUGUAAACUUCGUUGGGAUUCUCCAACUCGGGCACGAUAUCCGCACUCGAAUCAAUGUGGCACAGUUCGAGGAGCUCUUCAUCAUGAAAGUCUCGUCGACCAAAAGCUGGUUCGUGUCGGUGAAUUGCAAUCCGAAAUUCGAUUUGGUUACCGGGAACAAGGCCAGCAAGUUUACGGACUGGGACAAGAACUACUUUUUUCUUCGCGUCGACUCAAUUUCUGCUGAGAAUCCGGAGAGCACGUUCCGGACUGGCUGGAGUGUUGACUUUGCGAAGCAGCUUAGUCUCGCCGGUCAGCGCCGUUGGCCACUAGCGUAUCAGGAGAAGACUGACCGCCCGAUAAAGAGGGCUCAAGACAGAGCUAAAAAUAAGAAGGAACCCAGUUCGUCGAGACCGGUCCCGAAGAAGAAGAAAUCGAGGAAAAGCAACAAGAGGAGUCGGAGGAUGGCGUUCGACAGGUCGGAUAUCCCAAUUAUGAACUUUGGGGCUGACGAAGAAGACGACAAUGCCCCAAUCGACAUCGUCGGCCUCGAUGGGAACGAGGCUGGUGACGGCGUCGAAACUGCUGUCGGGAACGGGGUCGAUAACAUCUCGGUUGGCCCAGUUGACCCUCUGAUCCCGGUUGCUGAGCCGGAGGGCGAUGUGGCGGGAACUAGUGUUCCCGAGGCGACUCCUCAAUCUCAAAUAGAGGAGGGGGAAAUUGGUGAGCAGGAUGAGGACGAGCUCACCAUUGCCGACCGCGCCCGUAGGAAGAAGGGCAAGGCUCUGAAGAAAUCGUCUCGGAAGAAGGGUGGUGAGCCCGAGACGGCCGCGAGUGAGGGGACCUUGGUCCUUCACGAAUCUUCUAACGCUUCUCAGGUUCCUCCAGCGGAUCCGGCUGCCGAGACCGAGAACCCGAGGUCAUCCAAGAGGCGUCGGACCUCUGACUCGUCCUCAUUCUCAGUCCGGCUCAAGUACAACAAGGACCGGUCCUUCUUCGACGACUCGUCCGCCUGUGCCGAGCUCUUCAGGCAGAUCGUGCCGGCCUCGUCUCCAAUGUCAGAGACCAAAGAACUCUUCCGGCCCAAGUCUUACGCUCGGGUCGCGAAAUCUGCCUCCAUUCUCGUCUGUGAUACCAACAAGCUCGUUCGCGAGUACGACUCCGAGGUCGAGAGGCUGAGGUGGAUCAACGCUGAGGUUGCUGCCGAGAGGACGUCUCUGGAAACGUCGUACCAGGACGAAAAGGAAAGGUACGAGGCUGCUGUGCUGGCCUUUACCGAAAAGGAGAAGGAGAACGCGGCUUUAAAGGAGCAAGUCGAGGCCCUGAUGAAGCGGACUGUCGAGUUGGAGGGGGAUGUGGACGCCUUGUCCAAGUCGUUCAAGACAAGCGAGCUCGAGAAGCGGAAGUACCGAGACGCCGAGUCCAAGGGCAGGAAGAUGCUGGCCGCCCUUAGGGGCAAGUGCGAGGGGAAGCUUGCCAAGAUGAAGGACUUCAUGGACAAGUCCGACUGCUCUGGUCGGUUUCUGCGACUUCCUCAGGAGGGAGCACAAUAUGAUCGUCCCGCCUCACAUCGUGGAGAUGUACGGGCGGAGGGUUAA